AUGGCACAGUUUGUGACUCACAUACAGCCAACGCUGAUGGAGGCAUCGCAAGGUCAUGUGCCGCACCAUCAUGGCCAUCAGGUAGGCGUGCAGCAUUCCUCGCAUUUGCCACACAGUGGCCACAAUAUGCCAUCGCCACCCAAUCAUCACCAUCACCAUCAUGGUGGAGGACAUGGCAACGCCUCCUCGCAUCACCAGCAAUCGCAAUCCCAAUCACAUCAUCAUCCAGAGCAACAGCAACAGCAUCAGCAGCAGCAGCAGCACAAGAAAUCACAUCACUCAACGGGUCAUGGGAGUGCACCCAAGGCUCAUCCGCAUCCGCAUAGUCCACCAUCGCAGGUGUCAUCGCCGCCUGGCGAGCGCUACGAGUACGGCCACUACGACUAUUUUCAGCAUCAGCAUGAUUUGACCUUCCAGCAUGCGGCUGCCACGCCCGGCAGCAACAGCAACAGUGGCAAGCAACAUCAUCAUCAUCACGAUAAGCACGAGCAUUGCCCCACAGGACACCAGAGCGCGGUGAGUGCAAGGCGUAUCCUUUUGUGUUUGAUGUGA